UAAUCGUUCACCCAAGUUUAACGAAUAUGUUUGGAAAGGUAAAAAAAAAAAAAAAAUAAUAAUAUACUUUUAUGAUGUAAAAAAUUUCUGUACGAAUUAUCGAAAGCAUCAUAUUUCGUGCGAAAUUUAAUUUACACAGUAUUAAAUUUCGUGCAUUAUUUUAUUUUUACCUAACAAUGAUUUUGAAUGCUUUUAUGGUUUUAGCUAUCUUUCAUAGCAUUUUUAAAGUUACUAGUGACGUUUUUAAGACAAAACAAAAAAAUUAAACCAACAGCUGCGAAAUUAUCCGCAUGGCUGGAUUUCUUUUAACUAAGCAAUAUUUGAAUUCAAAUUUCAACUUUUUAAAAAUAUAGUAUCAUCAUAGUAGAAUAUAUAAGUUACAAGUUUGUUAUUGUGACUAUGGACUCUAAGAAAAGUCAGAAGUACCAAAAAUAUAACGAGGAAGCUGUUAUGGCCGCUGUUGCUGAUGUUCGAGACAAUAAUUUUUCAUGGAGAAAGGAAAGUUUAAAAUAUAAUGUACCUUCUCAGACAAAUGGUGAUGGAAUAAAUAGCAGAUACGGUUCCGCCAUGCAAAAGAUUGGUCGCAAACCUGCUUUAGAAAACAAGGACAAAGAAAGAAUAAAAGACUUUUUGAUUAAAGCAGCAAAAAUAGGAUAUGGUAUUUGCCAAAACGAUGUACCAAGCAUUGAAAAAAAUUUUUUAGACAUUAAAGAAAAGCAACAUAUAACAGAGCAUCGACAAAGGAGGACAAAGGACGUUUGGACAAAAAAUAAUUACCUCAAAAGGUAUAAAGAAUGUUUAUCGCAUAGCCUCUGACACAAAAACGCAAAUAACAGUUCUUGGCUGUGUAUCCGGAAACUGGAAAAGGAAACUAUCAAAACAUCUAGUUGUAUUUCCAGGAGCACAGCCUCGUUACAAUUUAGACCAUGUAAAUCCAUUUGACUAUGUUCUUGGGCGAUCCAUUAACGAAUCUUAUAGAUCUUCUAAUUGCUUGACAAAAAUGUUUACUUUCUUGAGGUGCUUGAAAAAAAUGGAAUUGUUAUUA